UCGCACCGGUUCAUUUACUCUAUCGCACGAGAGUACAUUUGAGCGUAAUAGCUAUCCUAUGUGUGGCGUUUCGGUUAAUGAGUAACAACUCUUUAGUAAGCUUUAUAUCAUUGUCCUCCACGUGUAUUUGAGUGAUUGAAAGAUGUCCACCACCAACCAUCGAGUUUGCCCAAUGUCCAACGGGCACAGCAAUGGAGUCGAAAGCCGCGAGGAAUUUCUCGCUCACUUCAAGCGACCUGAUCUGCCUUCCCGGUGCACUUGGGCUGUUGGAACUGCCGAAACGAGCCCACACCACCACAAACCGCUGAUUCAACGUCCCAAGACAAUGCAAACCAUCCUGGAAGCGGUUGGAAAUACACCCCUGGUUAAACUGAGCAAGAUUGCGAAGGCAGCGAACCUGAAGUGUAAUUUGUACGGGAAAUGUGAAUUCCUGAAUGCUGGCGGUUCGGUCAAGGACCGCAUCGGUUUGCGUAUGAUUGAGGAAGCCGAACGCAAGGGUCUCCUCAAGCCGGGCUAUACGAUCAUUGAGCCCACCUCGGGCAACACCGGUAUCGGUCUGGCCCUGGGUGCCGCAGUCAAGGAUUACAAAUGCCUCAUCGUCAUGCCGGAGAAGAUGUCCAACGAGAAGGUCGAUACGUUGAAGGCCCUAGGUGCCAAGGUGGUGCGUACUCCCACGGAAGCAUCGUUCGAUUCACAGGAAGGGCUAAUCGCCGUCGCCCAGAAGUUCCAACGAGAGAUUCCAAACUCGAUCGUGCUGAAUCAGUACACCAAUGCGGGCAACCCAUUGGCCCAUUACGACGGAACGGGAUCGGAGAUCGUGGAUCAGUUGGAAGGCAAAAUCGACAUGGUGGUCGUAGGAGCCGGAACAGGAGGUACCGUUUGCGGUAUCGGAAGAAAGAUCAAGGAAACUGUUCCGGACUGCGUCGUCGUAGGAGGCGAUCCGGAAGGAUCGAUCCUUGCAGAACCGGAAGAGCUGAACAAGACCGACGUCAACUUCUACGAGGUGGAAGGUGUGGGAUACGACUUCAUCCCGACGGUUUUGGAUCGCAGUGUGGUAGAUCGUUGGUACAAGUUUAACGACAAGGCCGCCCUACCUAUGGCUAGGCGUUUGAUUGCUGAGGAAGGAUUGCUCUGCGGAGGUAGCAGCGGCGCAAACGUAAUCGUGGCCCUGGAAGCUGCCAAGGAAUUGAAGGAAGGCCAAAAUUGCGUGGUUAUUCUGCCGGACAACAUCCGCAACUACCUGACAAAGUUCGUUUCGGACAGCUGGAUGGAGGCUCGUAACUUCAAGGAAUCCGUGAAUGUCCACAACCACAAAUGGUGGAACAACAGCAUCUCCACGCUCAAUCUGUCGAUUCCGAUGACCGUGGGAGUGGACGUGUGCCUGCAGGAGGUCAUGAACAUUAUGAAAACCAACUCGAUCAAUCAGCUGCCGGUAAUCGAUAACGACGGAUCUAUCAAGGGCAUGGUUCAUCUGCCGAACUUGAUGGGUAAACUGCUAAACCGACUGGCCAAGCCAAGCGAUCCUGUGGCACGUGCGGUCUUCAAGAAGUUUGUCCAAGUCGAGCGUACCGACUGUCUGGGUCAUGUUUCUCGGAUUCUCGAACAGGAUCCGUUCGUGUUGGUCGUGCAGAAGGAGAAGAAAUUCACCGACGGAGACAACUUCGAACUGAGGGAAACCGUCGUCGGGAUCAUCACGCAACGGGAUAUGCUGGAUUUCCUGUCGAUUUCGGAAAAUGUUGUCAACGGCUUCGAGAAGCUGAAUCUGCAUGCUUAGAAACUAGUUCAAACGACAACUUGUAUUGAUGUGAGAUGCAUUUAAAGGAAAUUCCACCUUUCAGUACUUUUAUAUCAAUUUGACACUCUAGUUUAAGGGACCAACGACUUUCUCGUGUGAGGAAAUAGUUAAUUUUUUUAAACUAGCAAUUUAAUAUCGAUUAAAGCAUUAACCUAUUAGUACGCGAUCAUGGAAGA